AAACAAAGCAACAGUUAAAGCACAAAUCAUGCUAGCUUUCGUUUCAUAGAUUGUAAUCUUAUUUAUUAACCUUCAAUUUCAAUAACAUUGAUUUAUCAAUACACAGGGAUCAAGUACGAAAUGCACACAAACUGCAGACCUUGUACCCGGAAACUGAGAUAUAAAAAAAUAAGCUCCAAGCACAUAUGACCAUAACAUACACCAUCUAUUAUUAACGUACAUAAAUAUGGGGAAAACCACACUACUGGAUUCAUUCAUUCAUUCCUAUACAGUUAAGUCAGCCAACCAAGACAAUAACGAGGAGAGGUACAAAAGAAACACAACUCAACCUUCUGAUCCAAAUUGAGCAAAGUCAGGGAAGUUGGUUAAAAAAAAAAUCACUGCAUAUCCAAUAUUGUUGUGUAUCCGCGGACAUUUGUGAGGAUUUUACACUGACUGGAUCAUGCCUCUUGAAUGGGGAUAAUGGCAAUAUACCGGUACUACACAAUUCCGAAUGCUGUGUUGCUCCGCCUUGACUUGUGUUGAAACUUGGACGUACUUUUGAACAACCGUGAAUCUGGCUACAAACAGAACCGGCCGAGGACAUAGAGCAGUUGACCACUGGAGUGUGCCCAGUUAUGUGGCAACACUGACAACAAAGCAAUGCGGCAAAUUGCAUUAUGUAGAAUGUAUGUGAACUCAACUGCCUAAUAGAUGGAAAUGCAUUGAUCUCCUAACCUGUAUCUAAUGUACGCAAGUGUCUUUAGUGUUAGAGACUUACUAUCCUGGCAAUUCUGGGUACUAGCUAGAUCCCUUCAUACACGGGAGCCCGUGGAGGAAACUGCAUCAAUUGUGAGUGUGGUAACUUGUCUGUGAAUUCUACAACAUUGUCAAGAGACAUGGAGUCUCCAAUAAUUAACCGCCGUCUCAGACGGAGCAACAGUCUGACGGAGUCGGUGAAUCCUGAGGGGCGACUCUCGUCGCCCGUGUUUUACAUGCGCAACAGCCGAAAGAAACGCAACAAGGACAGCAACGAACAGAGAGAAACAGAAGAGGCUCCUGAGGAAUCUACAUCUCCAGUGGAAACACUGAAAUUUGAUGAUGACUGUGUGGUUAAUUUGCAACGUCCAAUCCGCAAUUCACAAAGAAAGCGAAUGGUCUCCUCGCCCGAUUAUCAAUCGGACUUGCAUCAACAUGCAGCUUCUUUUCUAGGCCCCGACAAUCAGCCUUCUUCCCUUCCCUCUCAGCAGCAUCCUGACGGACAGACUCAUGAUUCCGAACCAAUGACCAAAGAAAGUGAUAGGAAAAAUGAAAGUAAAUACGUAACGAUGUUUCCAAGGAAGCUCGGAGAUCUGGAAGGAGCACGUGGCUGGAGCAAUGUAAGUUCCUCCUGGAAACCAAACUAAGGAUGCUUCAUUGAAAAAAUUGAGCUCUCUAUUAUAAAUAACAUUAUCAGUCGACAUUGAUAACCCAAGUAACUUGUUUUUGAUUUGACAAGUGGGUAGAGAUUCAGGAAUGGUAAAGCGAGUUUGCAUUUUCCCCCCUUAAAACAGGGUUGAUGUUCCCAUAAAGUGUUUUCUUAGUUUGGUGGUGAGAAAUGGGGUUAAAAGACAAUGAGCUUUUUAUAUUUGUAGGAGGACAGGGGAUAAUAAUGAUACAUUUAAAGGGCCCAUGCAAUGUCAUU